AUGUUAGCUGCUGCUGCUCUUGCUGCUGCAGGAAACGCGGAGCUGGCUGUGCUGCCGGCGCCUCGCGCUGCUGCAGCGUUUCCUGCUGCUGCUGCUCUGUACGAGUUUGCUGCUGCUGAGCCUGCAGCGCUGCAGCACAAAAGACGCAUCGAAAGAGGAAUAGAAUUGCGGAAAGAUUUCAUGAAGAUAUUUCCUUCAGCACUUCCUGCUGUUCACUUGGGAACGGGACAGGCCAUAGAUGCCCUUCCGCAGCAGCAGCAGCAGCAGCAGCAGCAAGCAGCAGGCCCGCUGCCCGACAGUCUCGCUGCUCUCCAAACUCUCUGCCUCAAUGUCCUCGGCCUGAAGAUCUCCGCGCUGCAGCGCGAAGUGCUCGUCUUCGGCGCCCCGCGCAGCUGCUUGGGGUUUGAGGGGGACUUGACGGCGCUGGACUUCAGCAGCCACCGCAGCUGCAAGUUGCUGCUGCAACCGCCGCUGCUGCUGCGGCCCUCGUGGAGUGUGGAGGUGCUGCUGCUGCUGCCGCUGCCGCCGGGGACCGCCUACCACGCAGUUUGCUGCGACAGCGAGGGCAACGUGCCCCUCUGCAUCAUGCAGAAGCAGAUUCCUUUCAAGCAGCAGCAGCAGGAGCAGCAGCAGGAAGGGCCGGUCUACGUCAUGGACCUAGGCAUACUUAUUCCCGCGGAAGCAACUGGAGCCAGCAGCAGCAGUAGCAGCAGCAGCAGCAGCAGCAGCAGCAGCGACAGCGAUAGCAGCAGCAGCAGUGACAGCAGCAGCAGCAGCAGCAGCAGCAGCAGCAGCAGCAAGCGGAAGAAGGAAAAGGAAGAGAUUGUUCACCGAAAUGGAUUUAUUUCUUGUUUUCGACGGAAAGGGGGAGAAAAGGAAAAGCAGCUGCUGCUGUCAGCUGUCUGUACACCCGGAUACCACUUGCUGCAUGCAGUUCGGAGAGGAGAUGAAAUCAGUUUUUAUUUAAAUGGAAUUCAAAUUGGACUUAUUUUCAAAAAUCUAAAAAACACUUUUUCCGAAAUCAGCGCAAUUGGAAACCAAAUUCAAGGAGGCAGACCCGCAGGCACGAUCGACGCCUUCAAGGUGAUUCUAAACCCUAAACCCUAA